CUCACAUCGAAUGAUUCUAUUUUUGGAGACAAAAAGUGCAAGCGGAGUCCGCAAUCUAAUUCCAUUUUAUAUUUUUAUUGGGAUGGAAAUAUGGGAUUCGUUUUUUUUUUAAUUUCAUUGUUUCUUUCUUGCAAUUGUUAGCGGUGAUAACUGUUGCGUCUAGCUGCCGUCUUCUUCUUGUAGAGACGGGACUAAUCACUAGCAGCAUUUCAUUUCCUUCGGUGCUCUUCUUUCCCUAUGGGAGUCUCGAACUGAUAUUUUUCUACUCGGUAUCUUUUUUUGCUAUAUCAGGAACAGCUGUUUCUCCUGAUCUCUAUCCCCAUAUCGUUUUCUUAUAAUUUCUCCGUAUUAUUUUUCCUUCUUUUAAUAUUGCCUAUACUCUGACAGGUUAUACAUCAUAAUCAUCGAAGUAUAAGAUCAUAGUUUUCCUGUUUUCUCUCGCACCAAAUUCACUUCAAUUUGUCGAAAUUUCAACAUUUAUAUCCAGUAUUUACCAGAAUCCUCUCCGACUCUGAUACAAUUAAGUUGGUAUCUGUUUUCCCACCUUCAUCAAGGAAUUUUGAGCAUGUAUUAAAUUAUGUGUUGGGUGAUCCUUAUCUGUUGAUGGGCUUGAUGGUUGUUGUCAUCUUUGGCCAGAUAUGGCUAGGAAGGUUGUGGGAAAUCAAUCAAAAUCUUUCCUUGGCUUUGAGAUUGUUGAGGGUGAAUCUGAGAGCUCAUCGGUUGAUCCCUCGUUGAACAUCAAACUUCGUCAUAGAAUUGGAAGGGGUGUGUUUGGUGAUGUUUGGUUAGGGACUCAUAAGCAAAGUGAUGGGGAUCAUGAAGUAGCUGUUAAGAUUUUGCAUCCCAUAAACAGGGAGGAUAUGAAUGUUGUACGGAGUCGGCUGGAAAAUUUGUUUGCUCAAUGUAAAGACCUGGGAAAUGUUUGCCAUACUCAAGGAGUAUAUGUCAUCAGUGGGAGGUUAUGCAUAAUUAUGAAGUUCUAUGAAGGCUCAGUUGGUGACAAAAUGGCUCACAUGAAAGGGGGGAAGCUACCCUUGAAGGAUGUUAUAAGGUACGGGACUGAACUUGCACAAGGAAUCAUGAAGCUGCAUUCGAAGGGUUUUUUAGUCCUAAACCUCAAGCCAUGCAACUUCCUUUUGAACGAGAAAGAUCAAGCACUUUUGGGAGAUAUGGGAAUUUCUUAUAUGUUGCGGGGAGUAUCUUUGUUUGGUUCUGAUAGGACUCGAAGACUCGGGACCCCAAACUACAUGGCCCCAGAACAAUGGGAACCAGAGAUAAGAGGUCCCAUAUCUUUUGAGACAGACUCGUGGGGGUUUGGUUGCAGUAUAGUGGAGAUGUUGACUGGUGUUCAGCCUUGGGUUGGUAAGUCAGUUGAGGAAAUAUAUAAAUAUGUGGUUCUGAGACAGGAGAAACCCUAUAUUCCCGCUGGUCUCCCUCCUGCAGUUGAAAAUGUCCUUGUUGGCUGUUUUGAGUGGGAUUUCAGAAACCGUCCUCUCAUGGAAGACAUAUUGCUUGCAUUUAGAAGCUCACAGAGUGCCACUGAUAGUGAUGGAGACUGGACUGAUCUUGGGAAUGCAAUAACAUUGGGGAACUCCAAAUCUGUCAGAUAUAGUGAGUGGUUUCUUCUGAAGGACCAGCUUCAAAUGGGAGACGUUGUCAGGUCCAGAAAACCUCCAAAUUCAUGCAAACCUGAAAGUAUGGAGAUUCCGGAAGGCACCAUAGUAGGAAUGCAGAAUGAGACAGAGAGAAACGGAUUUUUUUUGGUAAGGGUACAUGGGAUGCAUGACCCGUUAAGAGUUCACCGAUCCACGCUGGAGCGAGUCAGUUUCGGUUUUUCAGUCGGGGAUUGGGUGCGUCUGAAGGAACAUUACGGAAAGAAUCAUUCACCCGUGGGUAUUCUUCACCGCAUCGAUAGGAGCGGUGAUGUCACUGUGGCGUUCAUAGGACUGGACACUUUCUGGAAGGGUGUGUACACAGAACUUCAGAUGUCAGAAGCUUAUUGUGUUGGCCAAUUUGUAAAGGUGAAGUCCGACGUCUUUAGCCCUCGGUUUGAAUGGCCACCCAGGAAGAGAGGCUGUGAGUGGGCCGCAGGCAGGAUUUGCAAAGUGCUGCCGAAUGGUUGUCUUUCAGUUAAUUUUCCAGGCAGGUUGACAUUCGGGGAGGAAGGUAACAACUUCUUGGCUGAUCCAGCUGAGGUUGAACUUGUUUCUUUUACUACUUGUCCGGGCAUGGUGAACAAAUACCAACACCUUGAGGAUUUUCACUGGGCCAUAAGACCAAUCGUUAUUGCAUUGGGCUUAUUCACAGCCAUGAAGAUGGGGAUUUUCAUUGGGAAGAAGGUUGGGGGAUCAAAGUGUAGGAUGCGAUGCAAUGCUGUAAAAGAACAAGAUGGGCCUCAACCUGGAGAAGGAAAGACAGCUGGCACUGCAUGGCUACCUCCAAAGAUGGCUAACGUUAUAUUCAGAGAGGGUGCUGGGCCCACUACUUCUCGGUAGUCCGUCUCGAGAUGAAUGUGGGUUGUGAAGGUUCAGGUUUGUGCAUUGAAUAUGAACUUAUCCUAGUAGCGCUAUGUAGGGGUGAAAUUUGUGAAGUAUGCUGUAAAUUUGUGAAGUAUGCUUUCUCUUGCCACUAGCUAUAUGUCUCCGGUUCACACUGAAUUACUGAAAUAACAAACUUCCUAGACACUGGACCCAGCUUCUUGAGCUAUCUCCAUGACAUUAUCUCAGACCUUUGUAAAUAUGGGGUGAUUGAAUUCCAGUUCGAAUACUAGUCCCAAUACUUUGACAUGUGUAUGACUAAAUCUAAGAUAAUGGAAAAAAUGUUGCCUCUUCUAUACAAUGCCUAUAUUAAACUUUGA